GAGAUAGGGCGGAUCUCUGACGGCACGAUGUCGAGCUGUAGCAGUGUUGGCUGGCUCUGGUUAUGUAGCUGAGGGAUAUCUCCUGCUCGAGAGAGAGAGAGAAGGACAGGAGAGUGAAUGAGAUCCGGAAGCUGGGGAUGAGGACCUAUGACAGACUGGGACCCAGAAGAGAUGGUGUUUAAACGCCUGUUUCUGAAACUCGAUCAUCAUUUGUACUGGCACAGCUGAAUGCUACAUUCGCAAGAAUAUUGAUAACAUAUGUAAACAUACAUUUCUCCAGCAAAUGCAGUCUUAUGGAUUAAGACCUGGCGCAUGGAGAUAAUCGUGCACUUCUGUUCAGUUAGUCUUUUCUACCUUCCUCUCAUUCUCGGGAGUUCCAUCCGGAUUGGUCUAGGAAGAAACUACUCUAACCUCUCAGAGCAAAGCAUCCUGCCGUGUAAGAAGGAAGAGCUACAAUGCGGGAAUGGCUUGUGUCUCCUGAACUGGUUACAUUGUCAGUAUCGGAAGGAUUGUGGCCGAGAGUACACCUCCGUCAAGUUAAUAUGUUCGAAGAUUCAGUCAAACCAGAGUGGAGGCCACGGUGGAUAUUCACACUACAUGGAUGGCAGCAAUGAUGCCAAUUUGCUGGUGUCACCACUGGUUGUAGCAGGUAUCGUGAUCGGACUAGUGCUCUUCCUGUCCUGCAUGACCAUCAUUGUCGGAAGCUUGAGAAAAGACAGUCGUUUAGGAAACUCUAAUCUCAGGACCGAGGCAAGUUAUGCCCCAGAUGGUUUCUCAUUUGGAGGAUCUGUUGGAGAGCUGCAAUCAACUUGUAUCGAAGAGUAUCCCCCCACUUUCGAUUUUGAUUCCUACAUUGAGACACUGUCCCAGAUCAAUGUGAUGUAUCAGGAUUCACCUCCACAUUACGAGGAAUGUGUGAGUCACCGAGCUCCUGAUCUCUAUCUCCCAGAGGAAGACCCUCCACCAUACUCCCUGACUGACCCACACCAGAGGAAUGACUCCACUCACAGGGAGCCCCCUGAGGAAGAGACCAGGACCCAGGGACCGGGGAAUCCCCCUCGUGUCGCAAGCUUUCCCUCCGAAUCCCAGCAAGUGGUCGUGUCGAUCUCCUCCAGCUCCAUGCCCCUGGACCUGGCCCCUCCCUAUGAGCAGGUGGUCUUUGACAGGCAGGAAGUGGCCCUCCCACUAAGCCCAGCGGGGGAGCUAAAGGACACACCUGAGGAAUGCAGACCCAUCUCCCGCACCAUCGUGUAAAAUCUGGUCCGUGCGCUGGAGGGAACGGGCAAAGGAAGGUGCCAUGCAUGUCCUGCACCCCCCCAACCUCUAACUCCCCACAGCUCCCCCCACCCCCAACCCCUAACUACCACCCACCACAGUGCAAUAGAGAGGGAAGAAUGCUUGGGGAGCUGGGAACCUACAUCGCUUUUAGCCAAGAGAAGAUGGCGGGGUGGUGGUACUAUCCCUGGAGGCCCGGCUAAUACUCUGGAAUUACAGCUGCAAAUCCUACCAUGGCAGCUACGGGAAUUCAAAUUCAAUGACCCGAAAAUCGCGGAACAUUAAUAUUGGAGGCUGCUGUCGAUUUUUGGUAAAAGCCCAUCUGGAUCGCGGAUGCCAUUUUGGGGAAGGAAAUCUGCUGUUUGUUCCCGAUCUGGCUCACACAUGACUCCAGUCCCACAGCAAUGUGGUUGACUCUUACCUGCCCUCUGAAAGGACUGUGGGAGCCACUCAGUUUGAGGGCAAUUAGGGACAGGCAUGGAAUGCUGAUCUGGCCAUUGGUCCCCAUCUCCCACAAAAGAAGGAAAAAUGCCUUUUGAAACCUCCAACACAAGACAACAUAAACCAGGUCAAAGUGAGAUGAUGUUUCAAUGUUGCAACUUACCAAUUGAGACUUAUCGACGAGAGGGUCAGCUGUGUCUGCCUGUUGACAGCAUUCCCCUUUGAGCUGAGAAGUUGUGAGAUCUGAGCACUACAUCCAGGCUGAGAGUCCCAGUACA